CGCGUGUCGUAGUUAAUGCGCGCGCAGAUUGUCGCAACGCAUGCGCAUUAACAAACCUGGCGUGGUGCGAGCCGUGGAAGAAGAUAACCAAAAAAAAAGAGGUAUAACUCGUGGUGAAGUGCUUUGCAAGCAGAGAAUUCUUCAUUAAACGAUAAGAAUGGGCAAUGUUCAUGCAGCUUCUGCACCUCCUCCACCGCCACCGCCUCCAUCCUUAACUCCUGAAUUAUCAUCAAAUUUAGCAAAAAUAGAAACUCCCUCCUCAAAGGAUUCAUUCAAAUUGUCAAAUCCAGGAACCAUCGAGGAUUUAAAUAAAAAAUGCCGAGAUGUCUUUCCUGUUAAUUUCGAGGGGGCCAAGUUGAUGUUAAACAAAGGUCUUAGUAACCAUUUUCAAAUAUCUCAUACCAUAAAUAUGAGUUCUACAACACCUUCUGGUUAUAGAUUUGGAGCCACGUACGUUGGUACAAAACAAACAUCACCAACGGAAGCUUUUCCAGUUUUACUCGGUGACAUUGAUCCCAAUGGAAAUCUUAAUGCUAAUAUUGUACAUCAAUUUGGCUCGAGAAUCAGAGCAAAAAUGGCAACUCAAGUUCAAAAAAGUAAAUUCUCAGCAGUACAAAUGUCAUCAGAUUAUCGUGCCGACACUUACACUGUCUCUCUGACGUUAGGAAAUCCCGAUAUUAUUAAUAAUUCAGGAGUGGCAGUUUUACACUAUUUGCAAAGUAUAACACCGUCAUUAGCUCUUGGAGGUGAACUUGUCUAUCAAAAAGCGCCAACGAUUCCCGGUGGUUCGCUCACUGUUCUCUCGGCUGCUGGAAUUUAUACACAAGGCGAUUCGACAGUCAGUGGAAGUCUAAGUAUGGGAGGCUGUCAUCUUUGUUUUCAUCAAAAAGCCAGCGAUCAAGUUCAAGUCGGAGUUGAACUCGAAAUUAAUACAAGAAUAGCAGAAUGUGUCACUACAAUUGGCUAUCAAGUUGACCUUCCAAAGGCCGACCUCGUGUUUAAAGGAAGCGUCGAUUCGAAUUGGAAUGUCGGAGCAGUGCUGGAAAAGAAAUUACAGCCUCUUCCAUUUUCAUUUGCUUUAAGUGGCGUGAUUAAUCACAAUAAAGCAAUGUUCAGACUUGGAUGCGGAUUAAUAAUCGGAUAAAAAGAAAUUACUCCAGUGGAUAGUUGAUUGUUUCAAGAAAAAGAAGAAAUAAGAAAAAAGCAAAUCUUGCAUAUUAGUUACAUCACUUUUUUGGAAGAUGCAACAUUAAUUUAGGAUCUCUUGUUACCAUCAUCAUCAUCAACAUUCGACAAUUUGCUCACUGCCUAUAUUUCUGCUCACAAUAGUCAUCUUCUUUUUACCACAAAAAAUAGAUAAAACCUUUUUUUUCCCCUCGUAGAUAAUAAUCAAGGAACAUUAACUAAACUCGGAGAAACGAAUGAUGUAAAUAUCAAUUAAUGCAACAUUUGAAGAAUUUCGAUUUGCAAAAAAGCGAAACAAAAGAGGAUUUUUCUUUUUUUGUCUCAAAAAAAGCGUCAAAAUAAUUUCUUUUUUUGAUGUGUCUGAUAGAAAACCAAGUGAGAAGUAGAAUGGAAAUACUUUUUUUUUUAUAAAUAUAUAUAAAUAUUUUUUAAAUAAGACAAACGAGAUACUGCAAAACGACGUCGAGAAAUGUUUUAUUUUACAACUUAGUUAAAUAGGCAUUGAAAUUGAAAAAAAAGAAGAAAAAAGUAAUAAAUGCAUUUAAUCUAGAUAUUUACAAUAUUGCAUUUUCAAUUGCACUUUAAUAAAAUAUGUAAAAAUCGUUUUAUUAAAAAUGUGCUGUGAGAAGAAGAGCAAUUUUCAAACAUACAAAUUCGUAUAAAAUUUGAACAAAUCGAAGAAGAAAAAAAAACAAGUGUAAUAUAUAUUGUUGUACGAUAAAUGUAUGUGAAAAUAGAAUGCAUUUAUUUUGCUUUUAUGUGGUGUUUGCGUAUAUUUAGUACAUGAUCGACUGGUCUGAAUAAUUUUGCAUAAGCAAUUUAUUUCAGAGUUCAUUUAAAGAUUUUUAGAAGAAAAAAUAAAGAGAACAUUUCAAAGAAA